UUAUAAAUUAAAUAUAUUUCCCAAUUUAGGGUCCGUUUCCUAUUUUGAGUCUUCAGUGGUCUAUUGACAGUCAGUUUGUUCUAACGUCAGUUAACGAAAGGAUUUGGGACAACCGAUAUCUACAGGAUGUGGUGAACCUGAGCUGUCACUGCUCUCCGAGUACUAAAUAUUUGGUGAGUGGCGACGAAGAGGGAGUUUUGAGACUGUUUUCUUAUCCUUGUUCCGACUCUAUGGCGGCGUUCUUCGAGUAUAGACAGGGAGGCGGAAGUGUCACCGAAGUUAGGUUUUCCUUCAAUGAGGGCCUAAUUAUUUCAGGCAAUUAUAGCGGAGCUCUAUUUAUUUGGACAUUAGUCCCAUUCGAGAACACAACGCUGGCGAGUACUCAGGGAGAGAUCCGGGUGGGGCCCAGCCAUCAGGCGAGGCUUCCCGACUGUCAACUCGAUGUGAUGCCCAAAGAAAUGCCUGAGAAGUGUGAGACCCUGGAGGAGCUGCGAUGGGCGCCGGGGGUCGCCGACUGUGAUCUGAUGAUGUACUUGAGAGCCGCCAGAAGUAUGGCUGCCUUCGCCGGCAUGUGUGACGGCGGCUCUGCCGAAGACGGAUGUCUGGCCGCCUCUAAGGACGACACCACUAUUAAUGCACUCGAAUUGCUUCACGAAAGCAAUUACGACACCGGAAGAGCACUGCAGGCUUUGGUCAAGAAUCCAAUUCCCAAACCUAUUGAUAAAAAGUGGUCGGAAGAGGAACAGAAACGUUUUGUCAAAGGGUUGAGACAAUACGGGAAAAACUUUUUUAAAAUUCGAAGAGAACUUAUUCCGCAUAAAGAAACGGCCGAUUUGGUUGAGUUCUACUACCUGUGGAAGAAGACCCCUCAGGCGGCCUCUACUCGACCCCAUAGACGGCAUCGCAGAUGUGUUUUGCGAAGAAUACGCUCGUCGUCUACCGCUGGCGUUGGGAAUGCAAAUAAAACUAACCUCAAUGUUCAGCCAAAUAAUGACUUCUUAGACAUGAGUAGUGCGAGUGAAGAAGAAGACUCGGAUGACUCCGAUUCCAGGGAUAAUACGGCAAACGUCUGCAGUAAUUGUUUGAUCACAACAUCUAAGGAAUGGCACCAAAACAAUGGUAUUGGAAAAGAAAACUCCAUUUUAUGCAAUGAAUGCAAGAUAUAUCACAAAAAAUUUGGUGAAUUACCAAAACAUCAAACACCACCUCAACCGCAACCAAACCCAACGCAGCUUUCAAUUCCAGCUCCACUCCCAUCGCCGACACAACAAUCGGUGCAAUUCCUAUUCAAACCGGUUAAGUCUGAAGACGACAACAGCUGUCCCAUCGCUAAUGGAAAGCAUAAUAUGAGAACUCGAAGGAGUAAAGAGAAGGUCUCCAAGGAUUUGAAUCGAACUAAUUCUAAAUCAUCCGAACCUAACAGUCCUGAGAGACCUGAAAGAGUGGAUUCAAUAACCAAUAAAAGUGAUGAUAAAUCUCCCAAUAGUUGUGAAAAUAAUGAAAAUAAGAAUACAAACGAAUUGUUGGCAAAGAAACGAAACUUUUCAGAAGUGUCUGAAUUUGAUGAAUUGAAUACCGAUUCGGCAGCGAUUAAGCGCAAGAAAGCGGUUACCGAUGAGGACAGAAGCACUACUUCCAGUCCAUCGUUUCCCAUUGAAGUACAACCACUUGUUAAUAGUGAUGAUAAUGUGGUCACCACAGCUCCUGAAGAGCCUGUAAAUGUAAAUUCACCGCAUUCUUCCUCAUCUCCGCCACAGAACACCUCUUCUAAUGAAGAACCAGAAAAGUCUGUGGUAACGACUGAAGCAAAUGUGGAGCCAAUUGUGACUCAAAAUUCAAAUGAAGAUGUGAUACAAAAAGAACCGGAAGACGACAAGACUAUAAUCACUCCAAUCAACGAAAGGGACAAAACUGACGACAAAACACAAAAGAGAAGUCAAAGUCCUUAUAUUGAGCCCAAAUCGCCGCCACAGGAGUUGAUUACACCCAAACUGGAGCCGCCGUCGUCUCCCAAAUCACCGGUUAAUUACCGCAAUUCUCCGGCGCUUCUCAACAAUAAUACUGAUAGCACUACAUGUCCGGUGCCUUCAAAUCAAAAACCAAUCAUUAGUUCGACGCCUCCUUUAAUGCGAAUCAAAGAGGAGUUAAGUUAUCCAAAAUCGCCGACACAACCAAUGGGUGCCAUCGAAGCGACGCCAGCCAUCAACGAUCGUAUGUUUCCUUUCAUUGGCUCACAAUCUUUGGGUCCCAUUUCCAACCGAAUAUCCAAUUCUCCGACUUCUCAACACUCGUUACCCGAACUCUCAUCCAAUGAAAUGAAUAAAGAAGUGCAUCAAUCGAGUGAUGCAUUCACUCCCAAACCAAUGAAAGAUAGCGGUCGUCGCUCUCCAUCAUCGAAGCCAUCGUUCUCACCAAUGGUCAGCUCUGCGCUGGAAUUGCCUAAUAUUGCAAUCCCUGUCACGUCUCAUGGAAUGUCUUCCAUAUCCAAUUCCGAAUCAUUAUUUCAAUCAUAUAUGACUCCCACUGAGCAAAGACUACCGGCAGUGACCGCAUCACAACAACACCAUCACAACAAUCACUUCAUUGGUAUUCAAAGUCAACAUAAUUUGUCUUCACCCACACUAUCACCACAUCUAUUACCGCCUUCGAUGUCUCCAAUGGCUGGCAUCCCAGCGAUGUCUCCAUACUUCCCAACCUCGUGGUCACCGUAUUCUGCGCGUUGUCUACCGUCUCAUCCGUUAGGCUUUCCUGGCUCUCCAUUCGCCCCUCAAAUGAUGGGCUCUUCUGGACAAAUGCCAGCUCAACAAAGCCGUGAUAUUCCGGUCUCCAAAUCAAAAUCUCCCAUCACUUCCCAGUCCAGUCGCAUAUCGCACUCUCCCUCACAAUACGUCUCUUCAAAUAUGUCUAAACACGACAAUAAGUAUGACAUGAAUCCAAUGCAUAACCGCGAUAUGGAUCGACACGAUAGACAUGAUAGACAUCGCGAUCGUGAUCAUCACGAAGAGGAGGAGUUAGAGCCCAUCCCUACUCUAUCUCGAGGUCCGAGUCCUGAGCCCAAGAUUGAGGACAGCGAAUGUCAUCGAAGCCAAUCUGCAAUAUUUUUGCGACAUUGGAAUCGAGGCGACUAUAAUUCGUGCGCUCGGACUGACCUGACUUUCAAACCCGUUCCCGACUCACAGUUGGCCCGAAAACGGGAAGAAAGAGCCAGAAAGGCAGCUGAAAAAGAACGAGAAGAGCAAAAGAAAAUAGCGGCUGAAAAAGCCUUGUCUUUAGAGCUAAAGUCGGGUCUAAUGAAUCACCAGAACCUCGAGAGCACUCAUUUGAGUCCAAUCGGAAGACAUACUCCCCGUAAUUAUACGGACACUCCAGCGCUAAGGCAAUUGAGUGAAUACGCCAGACCUCACGCCGCCUUUUCUCCUGUAUUUUCUCAUCCGAGUCUUCACGGAAUGGGUGGCGCGUCGGGUAAUGUGCCGCUAGGGAUGCAUCAAAACGCCGCUGGAAUGGACCAGUUAUUGCAAUUUCAAAUUGCGUCCGGACUUUAUGGCAACGCUAGAGAUCGUAUGGUUGAGGCCGAGGAACGAGAGAAACGGGAAAGACUUCAUCUCAUUGAGAAACAGCGAGAGUUCAAAGAAAUGGAAAUGAAAUCGCGUAUUGCAUCUCAAGGCUCGGCCACACCUAUCCCUUCCGGCAAUCUAUUAGACCCGCAUUGGUUGGAACUGCAGCGCCGGUACGCCUCCCAACUCCACUCGGCCUCCAAUGCGGCCAAUUCUGGCGGCAAUGGAUCCCCGUUUGUUUUCUAUUCUCCCGGAGAAAGACCUUCGAACGAACAAAUGCAUGGCUUAUCAGCGAGUGAUCGCAUGCACGUCGAUAGGCUGGCGAUGGCCAACGCCGACCCUCUAUAUAGGCUACAAAUGGCCGGACUUAGCCAAGAGUUGCACUCUCACGCCCACAAUCACGCGCACGCCCACCAACACACCCACCUUCACGUACAUCCCGGCCACGACGCCGUUCAGGCGGCUGCCGCUGCGGCCGCCGCAGCCAUUGGCCAUCCCUCGUCCCAAUUUGAUCCACAAAUUCACUCCAAUCAUCCAUUGUUGCCCUCAAACUCGUAUCCAACCCGUCCGCCAAGUAUUAUGAAUCGCAAUGAAAUGCAAUCGUCAGCUCUGUUUCGGCCCUCGUUUGACGAACAGUUGGCUCAUCAGUUCUCAGCACAGGCUCUACAUCACGAACAACUUCAGAGACAGCUAUUCAUAGAGAGGGAGCGUAUGGUUGCCGCGCAUUUGAGUGCAGCGGCCGGGUCUCAGAUGUCGGGCCAUCCGCACCCCUCACAACUGCUCGCACAACACGAGGCAGACUUCUUACGUCAACAACAACGCGAACGUGAGCUUAAACUGCGUUCACUGGAAGAGGCGGCCAGAGGUGGUCGACCCCCUCUCAGCUAAAUAUCCAAUCUCUUUGCAACUUUGCUUCACUUUUUAAUUUUAUUUAAUUUAAUAACAAUU